AAAUCGGGGCCGAAUCACUUCAGAUUCGUUCCGCUUCACACAUCCACAUUUCCAUACCCUGGAGAUCUUGGCCAGAAUUACAACAUCGGGAUCGAUCACACCCUCACAUCCUCACGAACUCACACCCAUGAACGCCGCCGUGUGUGUGGUGGUUACAGUGCCCACCGAAGCGGAGGAGCGGCGCCUGAACAGCUGCUGCCUCAGCUGCGGUGGCUCGCUGAAGGGGAAACCCCUGGGGCAGUUGCCCCAAUGCGAGCGCUGCCUUCGCCUGGAACAGAUGGCCGGCGAGGCCCUGACCAUUCCGCCGCCGAAUCGCCAGAGCAGGGCCCUCCAGCUGCGCGACCUCAGGGAGGACGCCAGCCUGGAGCAGCUGCUGCGGGCCAUUGCCGAGGAGCUGCGACUGGAGGAUGUCUUCUGGUCGCAGGACGUGGCCGGCAGGCAGCUCCAGGCCCGCUUCGACCUGCCCCAGGACGAGCGGUACGAGCGCCUGCUCUGCACGCUCCAGGAUUGGGGCGUGGGCGAGCGCCCCGGCACCCAUGUGUCCGAGACCCGAACCCAGACCCGAACCCGAACCCGAUCCCGGCCAGCAGCCAAGCCCCCGAAUCCCGGCCAGCACGACCAUAGCCCGCAGCAGCAGCAGGCCCAGGGCUGGCAGAGUUUCAUGGACUCGGUGCGCUGCCGGCUGAAUGUGAACCAGGUGGUGCGGCAGGUGCGCCGCGAUGCCACCCUGACCUUCGUUGUGGUGCUCCUGUUGGCCGCCGCCCUGCUGUCGUGCGUGGGCCUGGUGGAGAACAGCUUCCUGUUCCUGUCCAGCUCCAUGCUGAUCUCACCGCUGAUGGGGCCCAUCAUAGCGGCCAUCUUCGGUUCGGUGAUCGGCGAUCGGGAGCUGCAGUGGCUGGGCCUGAGGAACGAGCUGCUCGGCAUCGCCGUCUCUGUGCUCAUUGGCUUCGUGUUCGGAGCGCUUGUCUGUGGCUUUGGCCACUUCUUUGCCAUCUCCGCCGGCCUCACCGAUGAGAUUGUAUCGCGCUGCGACACCCAUUCGCUGGCCAUUGGCGUCUGCACGGCCUUGGCCUCGGGAGCAGCCGGCGCGAUAGCCGUGCUGGGCGGCAACACGGGCUCUUUGGUGGGCGUGGCCAUAUCGGCCUCCCUCCUGCCGCCGGCCGUCAAUGCGGGACUGCUGUGGGCCCUGGCCAUCGGCUGCCACUGGCUGGCCACGGACAACGAGCUGCUGGUGAGCCUGCAGAGGCACAGCUCAUACUCGACGAGGCUGCCCGUGGAGCUGCUGAUCUGUGCGGCCGUGAGCAUGGCCCUGACCCUGCUGAACAUCGUCUGCGUCUGGCUGAUGGGCGUGGUGGUGCUGCGGAUCAAGGAGGUGGCGCCGGCGGUGCAGCGGCACCAGCAGUUCUGGCGCCACGACGUCCGCACCGCCCGCGAGGUGGCGCUGCUGGAUCCCGAUCUGCACGAGGCCAUCGAUCGGCUGGAUGAGGGCUCCCAGUUGGGCCUGGCACGGCAGGCAGCCUCCGCCACCGGACUAAACGGAUCCGCGGACUUGGAUUUGGAUUUGGAUAUGGAUUUGGACUUGGGUGGUUCUACUAGGCAGCAGGCGGACAACUAUCACACGGUGCACGGGUUCAAGGAGUUCUGCAUCACGCUGCACCGCCUCAAGUCGGCGCCCAAGGAAGCUCAGCUGCCCACGGUGGUGGAGCUGUUUGCCAGGGGCCCGGAGACGAGUUUUGGCCAGGCCGGCACCACCACGGCAACCACGAACAUCGCCACAGGCAGUGGCUUCAGCAGCUGCCGCAGUCUGCCGGACAUUGGCAGCCUGUCCCGCCUGUGGCCACACAGGCCGGCCAGUGCGCUGAGCAUCCACAGUGUGUGCUCCAGUCCGGCCAGCAACGGACCGGCCAUGGCUUGCACGAAGAGGGAGCGCCGUGUCCAUUGGCGCGAGGAGCAGCUGGAGCGGGACAUCUUGAGCGGCAGGGAGGGCAGUCCGCUGCGGAGGACCGGCCAGGUGCUGAUACCGCUGCCCAGCUUGGAGCAGCCGGACCGACCGCUGCAGCUGUUGCCCUACAAGAGGUCAGAGGUCACAGCGCAGAGGGAGCAGGGACAGCGGCAGGACGAGUUCCAGGCCUAGCCCUCAAGCUGCUAGCCACUAGAAACCGCUAACACCCAUCAACCAUCAACCAUCAACCAUCAAGCGCCAAAGAGCAGCGCAAACAUCCAGGACGACUGCCUCGAGCUUCGUGUCCAGCUUUGAUUACUUGCCGAUCCAGUGGCCAUGUCCUUGUUUGCCCAACACUUGAAGCCGCCAGCACUGGCGGUCGCUAAGCGGGGAAAAAGUGUAUAUAUGCGCCGUACAUGAACCAUAUAUAACAACUAGAAAAAAAAUCAAGAAAAAAUGUAUACACACACUGAAAAAAAAAGAACGUUGUAAG